GAGCUCGGCAGUCGGAAGUGCCGAGGAUGUUUUUCCUCAGUCACAUGACAACACUAGGAGUCACAUGACCUUCUGUGUUCAGACUGAGUCGAAGCGCUCGCAUGUCUUUUUCUGACAAAUACUCUUCUCUCUUUGCAAGGUGAUUCAUUUUAAACUCCGGAAGAAGAUAACAGAGCUGCUGGGAAUGGAGGACAGUGAAGACGAAAGGCCCUUCAGUCCGAGUCAACUUCCUUAUGCAGAUCUCCCGUUUUCAGCACAGGAGAACAUGUGUCGAGACAGCCAAACCAUGGUCACCAGGGAGGAGUGUGUAGAUAAAGAAGCCGUCUACAAGCUCACAGAGGGUUUGCUUUCUCAUUACCUUCCAGACCUUCAGAAAUCCAAACAAACCCUGCAAGAGCUCACACAAAACCAAGUGAUUCUGUUGGACACGCUUGAUCAGGAAGUUACAAAGUUCAAGGAGUGCAAUGCCUUACUGGACCUGAAUUCUCUGUUUACAGAAGCGAAAGCGUACCACCACAAACUGGUCAACAUAAGGAAGGAGAUGAUUGUGAUUCAUGAAAGAACAACCAAACUGAAGAAAAGAGCGCUGAAGCUGCAGCAACAGAAGCAGAAGGAAGCAUUGGAGAAAGAGCAGCAGCGUGAGAAAGAGAUGGAGAGAGAACGACAGCUCAUCGCCAAACCUGCCAAAAGAACGUAGGGCAGUAUAUACAGCCUCCUUCUACAUGGGACAUUUUUCACAUGUAUAUUUAUGUAAGGAGAACAAUGAAGGAUGACUGCAGAGGUGGACAGCUGACACACACAUAUGGUGUCGCACCAGUAUUCCAGAGUGGAGUGAUCUA